AAGCGACUGAAGGGUUUAAGUCAUGUGGAGAAAACAGCAUGAUCUAGUGGAUUCUCUUGUGUGGCCUGUCCGGUGGGUAACGGAGAUAUGGACUAAGCAGCAUCGCCCUCCUUUUCCUGCCCACAUCCACAUCGCAUCUGCUGCACUGCACACCAGAUGCUCCUCUGCUUCGCAGUGCUUUGCAUCAUCCACACACGCACUCAAAUUAUUCCAUUCCAUACUUAGCCGCAAACAGCCUCAGAUUAAUGACGAGUAGUAGAGACUAGAGAGUACUCCUAUAAGUGUGGCAGUGCCAGUCAGUACCUGUAAACAAGGCCAAAACGCUCUCUCUGAGAAUUUCUCAUAGGCGCAGUGCAGCGCAGCGCAGCGCAAACAAACACAAUGGAGGCGGACUUGCUGGGCGCGGGCUUGGAUUUCUAUUGUCCGUCGCCGCCGUGCUUCUUCUUCGAGACCUACGGCUACGACCUCGCCGUCGUCGACAGCAUGCACGUGCCGAUUGAGGCGGAGUCGAUGCCCGGCCUGUGUUCGUCGUACCGCGAGGACUCCAGCUCGCCGGACGGCGCCAACUCCUGCUCCACGCCAGCCGUGGCGACGUCGGGCGCGGCGAGCAAGAACGUGGUCAUGGAGAAGGACCGCCGCAGGAGGCUCAACGAGAAGCUCUACGCGCUGCGCAGCGUCGUGCCCAACAUCACCAAGAUGGACAAGGCGUCCAUCAUCAGGGACGCCAUCGCGUACAUCGAGCAUCUGCAGGAGCAGGAGCGCCGGAUGCUCGCCGACAUAUCCGCCCUCCAGUCCGCCGCUGUCAAAACCGAGGACGCAACGAUCGGCCGGGCUUCCACGGAGGACGCCGACGGCUUCCCUUGGAGGAAGAAGAUGAGAAGGGCGCUCGAUGACGGCUCCACCCUCUCCGAGCCCCCCUCGCCGCCGGUCCAGAUCCUAGAGCUUCAGGUGUCGGAGGCAGGGGAGAGGAUGGCGGUGGUGAGCGUGCGGUGCAGCAAGGGCAGGGGCGCAGUGGCCAAGGUGUGCCGGGCGCUCGAGCCGCUCCGCCUCGACGUCAUCACGGCCAGCAUCUCCGUCGCCGGAGACACCGUCGUCCACACCAUGUUCGUACAGACAGAAGAAAUGGGUGGUACUCAGCUGAAGGAGACGAUACAGGCUGCUCUAGCCCAGGUCGACGCGACCAGACCCUGAGCUGUUGGGAGGACUGAUGUGCAUGCCAUGCAAGCUUGGCAUCUCAAUCACCUGCGUGUCAUCUUUUUUACUGCUUUCUUAACGAGAUACGUACUCUAGCUGUCCGGUUUGAUGCUCAGCCUUUUUUAAUACAUAGGGCAUAAGGUAGUGUAUUUGAGCUAAUGUAAGCAUGCAUGUAUCCAAAUUCUGGCGCUGUUGACGCUGGGAGUAUGCUAAAAGAUAUGGCCGUAACAUCCCAAUCCAAUACUGAAUUCACAAUGCUACUACUCUAUAAUUUGACUUCAAAUUCAAGCCAAACUUGUAAGAAUUAUUUGCUUAUCCAGACAAAUAGUGAAUUUUCGGCGCUCGAUCAGCUCGAGCGUGAGAGCGCAGUCCGUGCGCACUCUUACUUGCGGCCAUGCUAAUGCUGUGCAGGUCGAGGGCACAAGGUUAAAACCAGGGCGAGUUUAAUUUGCAGGCACCGUCCUGGAUGCCGUCGUCUCGGUGUGCGCUCACCGUAGCUAGCUGCAGCCUUGUGUCACCACAAGGAGACGACUGCAGGGGAAUUCCACGUGCGAUUCAGGCCCAUACAUUGGCAGGUGCGCAGGGGCGACUGCUGGGCGCUCGCGCGUGGGCAUGUAAAACAUUUAAAUAGAC